UGGGGGCUGCGGCGGCCUCGCGGCGGCCUCCGGCGCUGUCUCCCCAGACCCAGCCAGGCCGAGCGGGGUCAGCUGGGUGAAGGAAAGCAGUCAGCAAGGAGCAGAAGCGCUAAGCGUAGUGGUCGCGACGCGGCGGCGGCUCCCCUGCAGGCCGGGAAUGUGGGAGAGGCGGUGGCAGCAGCGGCGGAGGCGGCGCUGCGGACCCGGGGGAAACUGCUGGCUGACAGAACACCCGGGAGAGACGUGAGGGAGCCGCCGCUGCCGCCUCUUACCCGCAAGCGGAGUUGGGCUCAAGAGGGCGGCCCUGUGCUCCCCGGGCUGUCGGACUAGGCGGCGCGGGGCUGGGGCGAGAAGCCGGGCUCGGGCCCGGCCGGGCUCCGGGAGGCGGCGGCCGCGGAGCAGCAGUGUCUGCGCUACGUGAAGGGCUGGAGGCGGCGACGAUGCACUAGGCCUCGCUCUGGGGCGGCUGCCCGAAACCCGCAGAUGUUGUGUUUUUUACAAAUUGAAGGCAGGACCUCCACCAGCAAAAGGAUUUGACUCAGCUUUAUUGCAAUAUUUGCUUUAUUGCGGUGGUCUGGAACUGAACCCAUAAUAUCUCCGAGUUGAGUGGUGAUUUUAUGCAAUGGCUUCAAGCCACAGUUCUUCACCAGUGCCUCAAGGAAGCAGCAGUGAUGUUUUCUUUAAAAAAGAGGUAGAUCCAACUAAACACAUUCGACCUGUGCAGUCACUGCCAGAUGUGUGUCCCAAGGAACCCACAGGUGAUUCAAUUAGUAUAUGUGUUGCCCCAUCUCUAGUUACAGAUCAACAUAGAUGGACUAUAUAUCAUUCCAAAGUAAAUCUCCCAGCAGCAUUAAAUGAUCCUAGAUUAGCAAAAAGAGAAUCUGACUUCUUCACAAAAACAUGGGGAUUGGACUUUGUGGACACUGAAGUCAUACCUUCAUUCUACCUCCCACAGAUCAGCAAGGAACAUUUUACAGUAUAUCAACAGGAAAUCUCUCAGAGAGAGAAGAUUCACGAGAGAUGCAAGAAUAUUUGUCCUCCUAAAGAUACCUUUGACAGGACUCUCUUACAUACUCAUGAUAAAUCCAGGACAGAUCUGGAGCAAGUACCUAAGAUUUUUAUGAAACCAGAUUUUGCCUUGGAUGAUUCUUUAACUUUUAAUUCAGUUUUACCAUGGUCUCAUUUUAAUACUGCUGGUGGAAAAGGAAAUCGUGAUGCAGCUUCCUCCAAGUUGCUACAAGAAAAGCUGAGCCAUUAUCUGGAUAUUGUGGAAGUAAACAUUGCUCAUCAGAUCUCUCUACGUUCAGAAGCAUUUUUUCAUGCAAUGACCUCUCAACACGAAUUGCAGGACUACCUCAAGAAAACUUCCCAGGCUGUAAAAAUGCUUCGAGAUAAAAUUGCACAGAUUGAUAAAGUAAUGUGUGAAGGAUCACUACACAUUUUAAGACUGGCACUUACCAGAAAUAAUUGUGUUAAAGUAUACAAUAAACUGAAGUUAAUGGCCACUGUACACCAGACUCAACCUACAGUACAGGUGUUGUUAUCUACUUCUGAAUUCGUUGGAGCAUUGGACUUAAUAGCAACAACACAAGAGGUUCUACAGCAGGAACUUCAGGGCAUUCACAGCUUCCGGCAUUUGGGAUCACAGCUUUGUGAGUUAGAAAAACUGAUAGAUAAAAUGAUGGUUGCAGAAUUUUCUACUUAUUCUCACAGUGACUUAAAUAGACCACUGGAAGAUGACUGUCAAAUUUUAGAAGAGGAAAGACUAAUGUCUCUUGUAUUUGGACUUUUAAAACAAAGAAAACUUAAUUUUUUAGAAAUCUAUAGUGAAGAAAUGAUUAUUACGGCAAAGAAUAUCAUUAAACAGUGUGUCAUUAAUAAAAUUUCACAAAUAGAAGAACUAGACACAGAUGCUGUUAUGAAGCUUGCAGAUCAGAUGAGAAUGUUGAAUUUCCCUCAGUGGUUUGAUCUGCUAAAGGAUAUUUUCUCUAAGUUUAUAGUUUUCCUACAGAGAGUUAAGGCAACGUUAAAUAUUAUUCACAGUGUUGUUCUCUCAGUUCUUGACAAAAACCAAAGAACUAGAGAAUUGGAGGAGAUUUCACAACAGAAGAAUGCUGCAAGAGAUAACUCACUGGACACAGAGGUGGCUUAUUUAAUCCAUGAAGGCAUAUUUAUAAGUGAUGCAUUCAGUGAGAGUGAAUUAACACCGAUAGCAACUGACACUACCUCUCAAAGAAAUGCAUCUCCAAAUAGUGAGCCCUGCAGCAGUGAUUCGGUAUCUGAACCGGAAUGUACUACUGAUUCUUCAUCCAGCAAAGAGCAGACGUCGUCAUCUGCUGCGCCAGGAGGUGUGGACAUUAUGGUGAAUGAAGACAUGAAAUUAACUGACUUAGAACUAGGAAAGCUGGCAAAUAAUACACAGGAGUUAUUGUAUAGUGCCUCAGAUAUAUGCCAUGAUCGAGCUGUCAAAUUUCUCAUGUCAAGAGCAAAGGAUGGUUUUCUCGAGAAGCUAAAUUCUACGGAAUUCAUAACACUUUCUAGAUUAAUGGAAACAUUCAUUUCAGACACUGAACAGAUAUGUGGAAGAAAAAGCAUGUCAUUACUUGGAGCACUUCAGAGUCAAGCUAGUAAAUUUGUAAACAGGUUUCAUGAAGAGAGAAAAACCAAGCUCAGCCUACUCUUAGACAAUGAGCGCUGGAAGCAAGCUGAUGUUCCAGCAGAAUUUCAGGAUCUUGUUGAUUCUUUAUCAGAUGGAAAGAUUGCUUUACCUGAAAAAAAAUCAGGGGCUACAGAAGAAAGGAAACCAGCUGAAGUUCUCAUUGUUGAGGGACAACAGUAUGCUGUUGUUGGAACUGUAUUGCUGUUGAUAAGAAUUAUCCUUGAAUAUUGCCAGUGUGUGGAUAAUAUCCCAUCUGUUACUACUGACAUGCUUACUCGUCUCUCAGACUUAUUGAAGUACUUCAAUUCGAGAAGUUGUCAGUUAGUUCUUGGAGCUGGCGCACUGCAAGUUGUUGGAUUAAAAACAAUAACUACAAAAAACUUGGCUCUUUCUUCACGCUGUUUGCAGUUGAUUGUGCACUACAUUCCUGUGAUCCGGGCUCAUUUUGAAGCCCGACUGCAGCCUAAGCAAUAUAGCAUGCUUAGGCAUUUUGAUCAUAUCACUAAGGACUAUCAUGACCACAUAGCUGAAAUAUCAGCUAAGCUUGUAGCGAUAAUGGAUAGCUUAUUUGACAAGCUGUUAUCUAAGUAUGAGGUGAAAGCUCCCGUUCCUUCCGCCUGUUUCAGGAAUAUUUGUAAGCAGAUGGCAAAAAUGCAUGAAGCUAUAAUUGAUCUCCUUCCAGAAGAGCAAACACAAAUGUUAUUUUUAAGAAUUAAUGCAAGUUACAAACUCCACUUAAAAAAGCAAUUAUCUCAUUUAAAUGUGAUAAAUGAUGGAGGACCACAAAAUGGGUUGGUCACAGCAGAUGUAGCUUUUUACACUGGAAAUCUUCAAGCCUUAAAAGGCCUUAAAGAUUUGGACCUAAAUAUGGCCGAGAUCUGGGAACAGAAGAGGUGAUGACAUACUGGAAAACUGUAGCCUAUCUGACCAUGGGAUAUGUAUGUUUAUAAAGAAAGUAUGGAUGCCUGUGAUUGAAGAACUCAACCUGGAACCCAAAGUGAACUGGGGUAGGGAAAGGGGAGAAGGAAAGCAUCAGUGUUGGGAAACUGGUAUUCAGUAGAAUCUACAAGGAAUGCCAGUUUUGUGCUUCCUUCAGUGAGGAGUAGCUGAUCAGGUGUCUAUAACAUUUCUUAUUCUCUCUGGAAACAGACUCAGGUUUCUUUGGACCAAAUCCAAAAGAACACAUAGCUGUAACACAGCUGUAGUUGACUAGAAUGCUCUGUAUACUUUAUAUUAAAAAAUGCUUUGCAUUUCUUCCAGUGCAAUGAAAUUCAUAUGGUGUCCCACCUUAUUUAAUGAUGGUACAAUUUAAAAUAUUAAAAUCUUAGUCAACCUCUGUAGAAAGUUUUCUCUAUGAAAGUAAAACUGAAAAAUUAUUUUUUUACAGAUCUUUCUAUAAAAAAUAAACAACUUUUGAUUGCUUGGAUUUAGGAAUUUAAUUUUCGUGUUAGUGACCAAUGUCAAGUUUCAGGCUUCAUGUGUCAUGUAUUUGAUCCUUCCACCACCACUCUAUGUCAAUUGGGGGAAGCCUUCCAGAGUAGUCUAAGUCCUUGAAAGGAUGAUCACAAGUAAUACAAAAUAAGAUAUUGGUGUUUAUUUAUGCAACUAAUUUAAAUAAUUUUCAGAAGUGGUAUAUGAAAGCCUGCAGUUUAAUAGUUGUAUUUUUAUAAAAAUAUCUACGAAAGGGUUGGGUUUGUUUGUUUUUUUUCCUUUUUAUGUCUAGCAGAGGUAAGAAUAUGUUUUUAUAUAUUCUGCCUACUUUGUGUUUUCAUUUUAACAUUUCGAUAACAUGGAAUAUGGUUCCCUUGGGUUCUUGUUUGUAAGUUAAUUUUGAUGUGUAUAAGAACAAAGCCCAGGGAGAAACAGAAAAUAUAGGCUCCUGUGUUGGGGCCAGAAAAUUAGUGAUGAGUAAGUUAUUUACAGACUUUUUAUAAUACCUACCUUCAAAAUUAGAAUCAGCAGCACUCUACAAAUGAAAGUGCCUGUGCCUCACCUCACACCAGGAAUCUUGCCUAACCCUGUUGGAGUGCCUAACUUUGUGGUGAUUAUGUACAAUGAAAUAGUCUUAUUUUGUGCUUUUUGGUUUCUUAAAAGAAAAGCCUGUUUUCUUUCCUUUAUCAUUACAGAGGUAUAUGUCACCGGCUUUCAAAUGUCUGUCUGAAAUAAAGCUGUAAACAAUUACCAGACUUUAAAAGACAACUUUUUUUACAGGAUACACUAAACUUUAAAUUAAACAAGCAGCCUACUCAAAAAACAAGUAUGGAAGAAUUGGAAAACGUAGUUGAUUCUUAGAGAAAAGCCACAAAUUAUACCACCAGUAGACCUGGUCUGAAAGGUUAUUCAUGAACAUUUUUUAGUCACAACAAGCAAGCUUCAAGAAAUGAAGCUUCAAGGAAAGGAAACUUCUUAAAAAUUAUACCCACACCCACAAUACUAAAGAACAAGGAUGUGAAAGAAAUGUCUUACCUCUACCCACCCCCUCUCCUUAAGCUGGUAAAAGAAACACCACUUUGUGUUAAAUAAAUGGAGAGUCUGUGGAAAGCAUGGCAGGCAUCCCAGCUUUAGAACUAAAUGAAAG